AUGGCGUUCGCCCGCGACGAUGCCACGGAUGUAGCAGUAUCUCCUCCUCCGUCCGAUUUCCAGACCCAGCAGCAACCGCGAUCCCGAUCGACCGCCAACACCCCGCAGGCCUUAAGUAGGCGUGCUUCCUACGAUGACAGCACCCCGGCCUCGCCGCGCUCGCUCUCCCGCAGGCAGAGCACCAACGACCGUAUCAACGAGAUCUUAGAGACAGCACGAGACCGCGCGCAAGCAAUGGGCAGCGGACUCUCGACGACCCGCUCCGCCCCCGCCAGCCCCCCGCGCCACUACUCCCUCGCCGACGGCUCCCCUGAUGAGAGCGUCGGCAUCAUCUCCCGCGGCCCGGCCCGUAACUACCAAAGCAUGAACGCCACGCCGGCGCCGCUUUCCCACUCUGACCCGCAGGCCGGUCUGCGGCCCCGCAAGUCGGCCCAACCGACCCGGAGCCACCUACCGGCUCAGACCGAGACUGAGGAGGAAGAGGAAGACUACGACGCCGUGGUUGCGCGGGAGGAGCGAGAGCUGGCGGCGCGGACCAAGGAGCCGUGGUACACGGUCUUCCUGUCGAGCUUCCACAGCAUCGAGCUAGAAAACAAGGGCAGCGUGGCCCGCGACCACCUCGCACUCGAACGGACCUUCCUUGCCUGGCUCCGCACCUCCCUGGCCUUCGCCUCGAUAGGCAUCGCCGUGACCCAGCUCUUCCGCCUCAACUCGUCCCUCUCCAACCCGGACUCGACCGACCCCAACGCCCACACCCUCCGCCAGCUGGGCAAGCCCCUCGGCGCUACCUUCCUUGGCAUCAGCAUCCUCACUCUCUUCCUCGGCUACCAGCGCUACUUCCGCGCACAGCAGUGGAUUAUGAAGGGCAAGUUCCCCGCGAGCAGGGGCACCGUCAUCAUCGUUUCCUUCGUGGCCUUUGCCCUGAUGGCGGUGAGCCUGGUCGUGGUCAUGGUCGUGAGCCCCACGAGUAGAGAGCGUUGA